UAAUUACACCGUUCUUUGUUUUGCCACCCAAGACACAUCCAACUCUAAAAAUGUUUAUGAAAUUACAGUUUCCUUCACCUGUGAUCGCCCAGGAGUCUAUGAGCAAUGGCUGGUAUUUGAUUUUGACAUGAGGCCAGUUCUGCUGCAAAAACUUAAAGUCAGAGUUGGUGUGGUUGACCGUUCUCAGCUCUGUCCACAGCCUGAGAGAAAUCAAGGCAACAAGAAAACUCAACAGGAUACUAAUUCAUCUAUCAGGAAGCUGGAAUCAGAAAGUACACAACAAAGCGAGCAGCUGCCAGUUAUCUGGCAUGAGGAUACUGUGGAAAUUGUUCCGUAUCAGAAAAGAUCAGAGGCUUACCAGGAACUACUAAGAAAAUACAGUUAUGUGAAGAGAAAGGAAUUCAGCACAGUGAUGAUAGAUGCUGACUUGAUCAACCAGCAGAAUUACAAAGAGAAAAUGCACAGCUUUCUCUACCAGGAAGAAAUGGAACAAGACCAGCUGGUUAGCAGAGGCAGUGUGGCACCAUUGCUGAUAUAUGGACCUUUUGGAACCGGGAAGACGCUUACUCUUGCUAAGAUUACACUGGCUCUUGUGCAGCAGCCACAAAACAGAAUCUUGAUCUGUACACAUACUAACAGCUCUGCAGACCUUUAUGUCAGAAAUCAUUUCCAUAAUAGUGCAACAACUGCCAAAGGUCCAGUAAGACUUUUAAGAAUAAAGGCAAAGGAAAGUUCACCAAGAGCUACUGAUCCUGUCACUCUUCAAUAUUGUCAUUUAUCCAAGGAUCAUUGGUGCUUUGAGUUCCCUGACAGAGAGACAUUAGAUUCUGCAAGAAUCAUUAUAACAACAACUGGAAUGGCACGAUACUUCCAUGACCUGCAACUACCAUCAAACUACUUCAGUCACAUAUUCAUUGAUGAAGCUUCUCAGAUGCUGGAAUGUGAGGCAUUAAUGGCUAUAGGCUUAGCAGGGGAGAAGACUCAAGUAAUUCUAGCUGGAGAUCACAUGCAGAUGGGACCCAGGCUCUUUUCCGUGGGGGUGGACAAAAGCUCAGACCAUACUUUACUAAAUCGCCUCUUUCAUCACUAUCAAGCAGAGAACACAACAACUGCUAAAAAUAGCAGAAUAAUCUUCAAUGAAAACUACCGCUCCACUCAAGAAAUUGUGGAUUUUGUGUCCAAACAUUUUUAUGUUGGAAAGACAGAUGGGAUCAAAGCCAAAGGAAACGUACCUGCACAUCCACAUCAAAAUGCUCUGCAGUUCUGUCAUGUCAGAGGUGAAUGCUAUUUGGAUAAGGGAUCCCUGUCUUGGUUCAAUCCUGCUGAAAUCCAAACAGUUGUUGAUGUUGUCCUAAAAGUACUGGAGAAGUGGCCUGAUGAGUGGCAACAAAAUGAUUCAGCAUCAGUGUGUGUUCUCUCCCAGGGGAGUCAGGUAAUUGAAAUAAGGAAACAAUUGAAACAACUAAGAGAGUACAAUCUGCAUAAAGUCACUGUGGAAAAUGCAGAAAAUGUUCAAGGAAAACAGUUCAGAAUAAUCAUCAUAACUACUGUGCACACCAAAGACAGCUUGAACAAGACCGAGAGACCAUGUCUUGAAUUCUUCAAUGACGUUCGCCUGCUGAACACAGCCAUGACUAGAGCUCAGUCUCAAGUGAUAGUUGUAGGAGAUGCCACUGCUCUGUGCUGUCCUUAUUUUGGAAAAUGCUGGAGACUUUGGAAUUCCUACAUAAAUCACUGCAUUGGUACAGGAAGUGUCCAUCCCAAAGAGUUUACUUUGAACAAUUUAAACCAAGAACUUUUGGAGAUAUCGAACAUCAUGAGAACUGAAGAAGAUGACAGCAGUGAUAGUGAUUCAACUACAUCAGAGUUACCUGACAACAGUGAGGACCCUAUACUAAAAGAGCUCCUGGAUGAAGACGAAGAUUUACAAAUAAAAUUAACAGAGGAUGGCACGUUUCCUUUUUUACACACCGACAAUCUUAAAAACAAUGUGGUGAGGCAUGUGAAGGAAAGCAAACCCUCCAGACCUCAACCAGAUGGGACUUGCCAGAACAGCAGGAUUUGUGAGUUAGUCCUGAAGAAGUUUGAUUCAGGUUUUGCCAUGCCACUUGAUGAGCCAAGUUUACAGAUCAGAAUAGAAGGCAAAAAAAAUCUAAAGCAAUCGUUUUCUGGAGACAUAGUAAACGUAGAGAUUUUGACCACUGAGACAUUUCCUCCUAAGGGAAAAGUAAUUGAAGUGAUCAAGCGUGUAGAUUUGCCCAGUGAGUUUGUCUGUACUGUUGACAGAAAUGAUGAUCAGGUGAUGGCACCAAUUGACAUAUGCAUAACUAAAAUAUUCACACCAUUUUGGAAGGACAAACCAAACUACAUUGCUAUAAGAAAUCCUGAAACAUGGAGAGUUGAAAGAUUCAUCAGAAUUAAUGAGGAAGCCCGCAGAAACCAUCUGUUUGUUGUCAAAUUGUUGAAAUGGGGGGAGCAUUUUAAUUUUCCCCUAGGGAUUGUUGUAAAUGCACUUCCAAUAGUUACCUCAUUACAGGAUGGGUUAAAGAUACUUGAAAUAGAGUACAAACUACACAGGAAAGUCCCCCAGUGUGUUCAAAAAGAGGUGGAAAAUUUGAAAUAUACACCUCUAUGGUCAAAUACCCGUGAAGAUUUCCGUGAAUUAAUGACAUUCACUAUUGAUUCUUCAACUUCUGAAGACCUUGAUGAUGCCAUCAGUGUGAGAGAUUUAGGUGAGCACUAUGAAAUAGGAGUUCACAUUGCUGAUGUCGCAAGCUUUGUGCCUAAAGAUAGUGAACUGGACAGAUAUGCACGGCAGCAAGGUACUUCAUUCUAUGUUUCAAAAUCUAAACCGGCACAUAUGUUCCCAGAAGACUUAAGCACCAACAUCUUCAGUUUACUCGAUGAUGGCUGUGAUCGACACUGUAUUUCCCUGAUGACAGAAGUGGACAAAAAGACACAUCGCAUACAAAACAGAACAUUUUUCAAGUCUGUAAUUCGCUCCAAAAAGAGACUAUCAUAUGAAGCUGCUGAGAAAAUGUUAAAAGCAUCAGGCAAUACACGGAGCUUUGACACUUUGGAGGGCUGUCUUGCCAUAGCGUGCAACUUUGCCGAGGUUCAUAGAAAAGACAGAAAACAAGAUGACUGGUGUUACCGGCGGCCUGAUGAGGAUGAAGUUGUUGGAAGUAGACGAUCUCACAGACUGGUGGAGGAGUUGAUGAUCAUGUUCAACCACUUUGUUGCUGAUACGCUUCUGCUUGACGGAAAUGCCAGAAGCCUGGCUCCUCUCAGAUGCCAGGAUAGGCCAGACAGUGAUCAGCUGCAUGAUUUUCAGGACAAAAAUGUUGCCUGGCUUCCAAUGUCCAUUCACCUGUCGUCACAUGUUGGUGACUUCACACCAAAAGAACACGAACAGCUAAACCUAAGUGGGCUCAACCAAACACAAAACGUUGAACAAGAGGUUUUAAAUAAUGGAAUCUUUCCAAUAUUGACGUCAGUAUUGAAAAAUCUUGAGAUUGCAGCUCAGGAUAAAGACAUCCACAGAAUAGUGGAUCUUGUCACAACUGAUGACCUUCACCCACAGCUUCUUCCUCUUGUAAUUGACCUUAGGAGGCUCAUCAACAAAGCUCAAGUCUUGCGUGCCAACUCUUCUCAUCUUUCACGGAUCGGCCACUAUGAUUUACAGCUGGACAGCUACACCUGGGCCUCCUCUCCAAUCCGGCGCUAUAUAGAUGUCAUUGUACAGCGACUUCUUCUUUCUGUACUUAAUAAUACUGAAAUUAAGUACACAUCACAUGACAUUGAUAUGUGCUGUGUUGAAUUUAGCCAGAAGAACAGAGUUCAAACUAUAUGCGAGAAGAAAUCACAUGCUUUAGGUGUUGCAUCACAGCUGUCGGUGCAAAAUGCACUUAAGGUGGCUUAUAUUGUUGAAGUCACCCCCACUAGUAGCAGCUUUAGGAUAUCCAUACCGCUAAACAAAGACUUCAGUCAAGAUAUGAAUAACAUAAUGUAUAGGGAUCUUCAGCUGGCAGAUCAGCCUUGGUAUGAUAAAUUUAAUGACUGCAUGGUACUAAAGUGGGUGCGAAGAAUAUACUCCUUUGCAGAUACCUGCCUCCAUAAUGACCUAAAAGAACAACAAGCAAACUCUGUAAUAACAUAUGUGCCCAAUAAGCACUGGAAAGAUCUGGUGGUAGCUAUCAAGGAAGAAAACUGGGACCUUAUCUAUAAGGUAAUAAAAGAGAUGAAUGCAACUGUCACUAGACAACCAAUAAGAAAGAAAACACAAAUACCAGUGAAAGCCUCAGGAACAGGGGCAUCCAGUCUGAAAGAGGAGCAUUUCAUGGAGUUGUCCCUGGAAUUAAGAAAGGGUGACAUUAUUGAGAUACAGUUAGGCACUGACACAGUUCGGGGGCUUUUGGUGCCAGCAGUUCAGUUGCUCAUUGUGAAUCCAAAUUUUGAGAUCUGCCUUGGACACACUAAAGAUCCAAUCAUAUCUUUUUCGAAAUAUGCACUUCAUGCCUCAAGACCAUCAUACAACACAUAUGUGGAUUAUCAGAAAAUAUGGAAACCUUUGUGUGAAAUGGAGUCAGCCUGUAAUGCUGUGGCAGAAAACGAGAGCAUUGUUUUUGAAGAGACAAUGCUGAAAUGGAAACCUCUGAAAGAAAAAGAGAAUCUUCAGGGAUGCUUUCAUCUUCCUCUUGAGAAGAAAGAUCAAUGGGCAAUUGAAGGCAACUUGAGAAACAGUUUUCUGUGUAUUCGGUUAAGAAUCCAGCAGAAAGAUCUCAGUCCAGUUUUGGAGGACUCUUUGACAGAUUCAAAGGAUUUGAAUCUCAUGAGUUCAUCUGGUCUAAUUUGGAUAGCCCAUGGAAUAGUCACCAGUGUCUCAGGGGAAGAAGAGUCAAAAGAGCAGACCUACAUGAAGAUCGAUUUUUGUAUAAACCACAUGCCUAUGACAAAACUUCCAGAGUCUAUCUUCCUGAAGAGUGCAAGAUACACAGUUGAAGUAAUCCCAAAACUUCUGCCAGAUGUGCGCAAGGAGAGUGCUAUUGAUAAUCUUACAACAGCAAAUAAUCUUGUAAAGGCCAUUGCCACUGGUAAAAGGACAAGUGACACUGGAAUUCAAAUUCAUACAAAGGGACCAUCAAGACUUGAGAUUGAGGGCCACAAAUCCUUGGGGCUUCCUCAGCUGAAUGUCAGUCAGUGCAAAGCAAUAAGGGAGGCAUUACACAAAGAGUUCACUCUCAUUCAAGGACCACCAGGGACUGGGAAAACUGUGGUGGGUGUCCACAUUGUGUAUUGGUUCUUUCAAGAAAACCAAAAACUUCCCCCACCUCAUGGAGCUGAGGAAGGCCAAAAAAAGAGGUGUAUUUUGUACUGUGGGCCUUCAAAUAAAUCUGUUGAUGUGGUUGCAGGUCAACUUCUAAAACUGGAGCAAAAAUUAAAACCUCUCAGGAUCUAUAGUGAUCAGAUGGAGAUUCUGGAGUUUCCUUAUCCUGGCAGCAAUCUAAGGCUCUCUCGACAUUCUCAAAGAGUGGAAAAGCCAAACAAAGCCCUUAGGUCGAUUUCAUUGCAUUAUAAGAUUCGGAUGCCCAGCAACCCCUAUGCAGCUCAGAUAAAGGCAUUUGAUUUGAAGAUUGAAAAAAAGCAGGACCUCACUCCCGAAGAAGUUAAAAGCUACAAGGACAGCCUGAGGAAGGCCCGUAAACAUGAGCUUUUGCAGCAUGACGUCAUUCUCUGCACGUGUACUGCUGCCUCACAUCCUCUUUUGGCUAAUUUACUCAGCAUUCAACAGAUUAUCAUUGAUGAGUGUGCCAUGGCUACUGAGCCUGAAGCUUUCAUUCCUCUUGUCACACACAAGCCUAAGCAGAUUGUUUUAUUGGGUGAUCACAAGCAGUUGCAGCCUGUGGUCCACUGUGAAUUGUUGAAGAGACUGGGAAUGAGAAAGUCACUCUUUGAGCGGUACAUGAAAAAAGCACUAAUGCUUGACACUCAGUACAGAAUGCAAGAAGACAUCUGUGAAUUUCCUUCGAAACAGUUCUAUGAGGACAAGCUGAAGACUGGAACUAAAUAUAAACCAAGUGUUUUUCUGACCAAAUCAAACAAUUCUACAUCCAUCAUCUUUGGUCAUGUUGAAGGAAAAGAGAUAAGUCUGGUGGUCUCAACUGAAAGAGGAAAUGAAAACUCAAAAGCAAACCUAGAAGAGGCCAAUGAAGCGGUGAGAAUAGCAAUAUCUCUGAUUGAGGCUGGAAUAAAAACAAAGGACAUGGCUAUCCUGACGCCAUACAAUGCCCAGGUGGCAAAGAUCAAUGAAAUCCUGGUUGAAAAGAACGUAGAAAACGUCACAGUCAGUAGUAUCAUGAAGAGUCAAGGAAGUGAAUGGCGAUAUGUUAUUCUGACAACAGUUCGCUCUUGUGAAAAGAUAAAUAUUGAGGAAUAUUCAACCAAAGGUUGGCGUAUGAAGAAUCUGGGGUUUGUUGAAGAUCCUCACCAAGUCAAUGUGGGCAUCACACGAGCUCAAGAAGGGCUGUGCAUUAUUGGAAAUAAGGAUUUGUUGAGGUGCAGUUUCCUGUGGAAAAAACUUCUGAAUCAUUAUGAAGCCAAAGGCUGUGUGGUGGAUCCUGCAGAGAACAUUCAGAUUGCACGGUAUUGAGCUAGUGUGGCUUGUGGAUGUACUGGAAUUUUAGGUUUAUGCAGUACAGUCAGCACAGCUUACCACUGUUUCUGGAUUGAUGUUUCCAAUAGUUUUCAUGAGUAAAAAAUGACAUUUUGUGUUUUAUGAGGUAAUAAAUUGGAAUUAUUAUUA